GUCGAAUUCGACUGCGCCUGCCAAAGUCCAGCGCACUACAAUCGCAACCCUCAUACACAAAUCCAUCUACAUCCAACUUCAAGGCCGACAAAGCACUCCUCGCCGUCAAGAUGGGUCACGCAGCAGGUCUCCGUGCUGGUACGCGUUAUGCGUUCAGCCGUAACUUCCGCCAGAAGGGUAUGAUCAACCUGGGCACAUACAUGAGAAACUACCGAGUUGGAGACAUUGUCGACAUCAAAGCCAACGGUGCCGUGCAAAAGGGUAUGCCAUACAAAGUGUACCACGGCAAGACUGGUGUCAUCUACAACGUGACCAGAUCCGCUGUCGGCGUCAUCAUCUACAAGAAGGUCGGCAACCGAUACAUGGAGAAGCGAGUGAACGUCCGUGUCGAGCACAUCUCCAAAUCCCGAUCAAGAGAAGAGUUCUUGAACAGAGUCAAGUCGAACGCCUCGCGACGACGGGAAGCCAAGGAGAAGGGCGAGUCUGUCCAGCUGAAGCGUCUGCCUGUUGGUCCCCGGGAUAAGCGCGUUGUCGAACUCACCGACAUCGAAAGCCUGGCUCCUCAACCAUACGACACACACAUCUAGAGUGGUUUUUUUCUCGUGCGUGGAGAAAGGAAAGCAGUAUUGUUUAUGGGUGGUUUCCCAGGGCGUGCAUAUCUGGAAGGAAUGAUGAUGCAAGAGAGAGGGUCAAAUGCUGCCAAUUGUGAUAAUACAAUCCUGGCGCGAAAUG